AUGGCUCGAUCAUUUGCACAAGUAUUUCAAUCAAUGGAUCGUGCAGAACAAUUAGAAGAUUUAUAUGUAACAUCUGUCAAAACUCGUCUUGAUGGACGUAUUAGAGAAAUAAUUGAUGGUACCAAUGGCGAACAUGAAUCAAUUUUUAUUGCUAUUUAUGAUUAUUUAUUGAAUGUUUGGCAAGAUGAGAUACGUUGGUCUACAAAAAUUUUUAAUCGUCCAAAUCGUGUUACACUAUCAAUCAUAUUAAAUGGUCUUAAAAUUUUUCAUAGCCAAUAUAAAAAUCAAUUUAAUACAGAACUGCAACAUCAACAAACAUCAUCAUCAAAGAAACGGCUCGAUAUAUUAAUUGCGUCGACAAAUUAA